AUGGCCCGGACACGCGCCAGCAAAGCAAGGCCAACAGACCAGCUCGCGAGCACCAAUGGCGCCUCCUCCGAACCAACGCCGCCCUGCGACGACACACGAUCGGAGCUUGACACGACCAAGCACGAGAGACGAGACAUCACCCGACCGGCCUCCACUUUCAACGGCCGCCUCCAGCAAUUUCACUACCCCGACGAUGGGGCCACCAGUCCGGGGGAAACCGCUUCUCCGCAAGCAACAAGCUCCUCUAGACCCGGCCUGAAGCGAGCCAGGACCAGUCCAGGUCUCACCACCCGCCCCGACGACGCGGCCACGCAAUCUCCCGCGAAAAAGCGACGUGUGUCCAGCAAAUAUGCCCCGCCGUCCCACUACGCCCACCUCAAGCCGCUGACGGACAUUCUCGAGCCGCACCUGAUCUGUGUGUUCGUCGGUUUUAACCCCGGUGUGCGGACGGCGACCGCCGGCCAUGCAUACGCCCACCCGUCAAACCUGUUUUGGAAGCUGCUGCACUCAUCGGGCUUGACCGAUCGACUGUGCCGUCCGGAAGAGGACGUGGAUCUGCCCCGCUUGUACUCAAUGGGAAACACCAACCUUGUGUCGCGUCCAAGCAAGAACGAGGCCGAGCUUUCCAAGCAAGAGCAAGCCGCCGGCACGCCAAUCCUUGAGGCGAAGAUCCGGGAGUAUGAACCCGAGGCCGUCUGCAUCGUGGGGAAGGGCAUAUGGGAGUCCAUAUGGCGAUGGCGCUACGGCCGCAACCCCUCCAAGGCUGAAUUCAAGUACGGCUGGCAAGACGAAAGGGAGAACAUCGGUAGACCCAAACCCGGGAGCGUAGCAGACGACAAGGGCGCUGAUGUCUGGCAAGGCGCGCGUGUUUAUGUCGCCACGGCUACCAGUGGACUGGCAGCAUCCACUACGCCAGCCGAAAAGGAAGCAAUCUGGCGGCCGUUCGGACAGUGGGUCAAGGAGAGACGAGAACAGCGCUCCACGACAUCUUCAUCGAGCUGA